UCUCAGCCGAGCUCGGGUGGUGUGCGGGGGCGCUCGGCCCGCAACUUCACUCCUGUCGCCCGGCCGCGCGGGGGACUCGCGCCAGGCAAACUUUCUCCCCGCGGAACCCCGGCGGAGAUCGGGGGCGGCGGGCACGGGCGCGGGCGGGGCGGCGGCCAAGCGCUGUUUGUUUCCUUUCACUUCCCGCGGCAGCCGCGGCUGGAGAUGAGGACGGCGGGGCUGGGGCGGAGCAGCCCGGGCCCCCGGGAGUGACUGUCGCCCCGUCGGGAUUUCCCGCCUCCCCUCCCCGCCCCCUCCCAGGGCCCCGGGCCAUGCGUGCGCCGUGAGGGGCGGGCGUCCGGACUUCGCGAGCUGAUGCGGACUCGCUUUUGAGCGGCUGGGGACGAGCGGAGCAGCCCCAAAAUGGAGGACUUUGCCACCAGGACCUACGGGACCAGCGGCCUGGAUAACAGACCUCUGUUCGGGGAGACGUCUGCCAAGGACCGAAUCAUCAAUUUAGUUGUUGGCAGCUUAACCACCUUGUUGAUUCUAGUAACACUCAUCAGUGCUUUUGUGUUCCCUCAACUACCUCCCAAACCACUGAAUAUAUUUUUUGCUGUCUGCAUCUCUUUGAGUAGUAUUACUGCCUGCAUACUUAUCUACUGGUAUCGACAAGGAGACUUAGAACCGAAAUUUAGAAAUCUAAUUUACUAUAUCUUAUUUUCUAUCAUCAUGUUAUGUAUAUGUGCGAACUUGUACUUCCAUGAUGUGGGAAGGUGAGGCUGCAGAGAUGAAAUACUUACCGGGACUCUUGGAAACCUUUGUGAAUUUAACUGCUGCAAAAAAGUGUGCUGAAGAAUUGUCUACUGAAGUCUGGUACAUGAUUCUUUUUCAUGUUAACUGUAAAUCUGAAUCCCCUCGUGCAAGGGAGCUGUAUCAUAGAUCUCUGCUUUCCUUUAAAAAGCUGAAUCAUUCCAUCCCUCAACCAGCAAAGAACUUUCACUUUUGAACUUUUUUUUUUUUUUUACAAUUUAAUUGCAUGGCUCAAAAUCUUGCAUUUUAAGACAAAUACUCUUUUAUUUCUGUUAAACUGAAUAUACAAUUAUUGUUCCCUAGGCAACCAACUUUUGCUUAUUACUACUGUUUCACAUUAAUAAACAUGGUGAAAAGACAACUUUGAUUGUGAAGAUCUAAUUACAAUAAUAAAUAAAAUAAUUUAUACAA